CGUAGUGGUUACAUACAUACUCUUUGAGAAAAUAUAAAAAAAAUAUCUGGCAAUUUAUUCUCCAUGUUAUAAAAAUCAUUAAUUUUCUCAAUACAUAUUAUUAUUUUAUAUUAUCAUUUAAUUUAUAUAUUUUACUUUUUUACAACGUUUAUUGGAGGGAAGUAUGGGAUACACGAUUCUCGAAACUGACAAAUUGCCCGAGGUUCUUAAGAACAAGCCGCGAUGGGUGACCUGUCUGGUGUUCACUACCGGGAUCUUAAUGAUAACCGUGUCAGCUGUCUCGAUCGGCGUAUUCAUCGGGUACACAUACUGCUACAUCGAGCAUCGGACCGCAAUCAGGACAGGUAAUGUAACGAAAUCCACUAGUUACCAAUUACUGCAAGUACCUUUCGACGAGUCAGAUGAAGGAAACUACAACAGAACGAUCAACGGUGCCUUACUGUCCAGUGUGAUCGUCUCCAAGAUCCUCAAGAUCGGCCACGUUCUCAUGGAGGAGGAGACCGGGUGCCUACCCUGGGCUCGCGAGGGCCAAGUUUUGGACAACGUUUUGUACGAUAGAUGAAUGAAAAAUAUUUAACUAAAUAGGGUUGCCAGAUCUGAAAAAAAUUAGUAAAAUUAUAUUGUAGCGAUGGAAAUUGGUUUAAAUUAACUGAAAUAUAAAUUUGUAAGUGUGUAUAUA